AUGCGAUCAACGUGCUGGUUUGCACGGGGCGGCUGCACUUGCGACUACACCUACGGCGACGCCGCCCGGAGAUUGGUGUUAAGCUCGGAUAUCGGAUACGGGGCGACCCGUCGCUCCCUGCGUCCAAGUGGCAAGGCCCGUGUCAGCCUGACGCGCAAGUCGUCCUCGGGGAGCUUUGCAGAUUGCAUGGAGAGGCUGACUGAGCUGGUCUUCUCGCGGCUGACUCCAAAGCUGGGUCCGGAAGACUGGCCAAACUCCGCGAACCUGAACUACUACGCGGACGGCACGCAAUCCGUCGGCUGGCACUCGGACGACGAGAGUCUCUUUCAGGGCAAAGUGCAGGACUGCUCCAUCGUGUCGCUUUCUUUGGGCGGGCGGCGCGAGUUCUGGAUAGCCCUGAAGACAGAGGGUGCUGAGCCCUCGCAGGAGAGCGUGGUGGAAGUUGACCUGCGCCAUGGCGAUCUCUUGAGUAUGGAAGGCUUGAUGCAAAAGCACACCCUUCACUUCUUGACGCGGGAGCCGCGGCAGCGCGCCGACUUCUGGCCCCCCCGGAUCAACAUCACUUGGCGGUGGAUCGUGAACCACCGGCGUGGCUGUCCCCUUCGUGGACAGCCAUGCAGUUAUCCCAAGUGCUUGGAGAAAGGGCCAUUGGAUGCCUCCGGAGAGGCGUCGCCGAGGGUGGCGACGUGGUGGCCCGCGGACACUGAUGAGUCGCGACUAGACUGGCGGCUCUGUACCGAGUGCCGGCACCCGGGCUGGCAUGGCGGCCGUCGCUGCUUGCGAGGGGAGGGUCGCUUCAGCGACCGCUGGUUCUGCCGCCCUUGUUGGCGAGCGUUUUGUGGAGAGGAGGCUGAGCGGGAUCCAACCGAGCGAGCUGCAGAGGCCAUGCAAAUGCGCUUGGUGAACAAAGUAAAGCUGAUGCAGAAGAGGAAAGACCUGAAGAAGUCGUGGGAGAGUUUUUGCGAAGCCGAAAGCGGCUUGCGGGAUCCGGCGCGGCACGCGCCCACCUCACUGCUGUCCUGGCUGGAAACCAUCGACGCAGUUCCAGAGGAUCUGCAGCCCCUCCUGGCCAAAGCGCGAACACAGUUGCAGGAGGCAGUGGGCUUGGUCCCGGAAGCCAAAGAGCAUCUGGUGGCCCAAGGCGAAGUGCAUCUGCCAAAGAUGCGGAAACCCUUGCGCAAGGGCAGCAGAAGUCAUGGAGGUCGAAAGCCAG